AUGCUGGCCGUGAUCAUCUCUUGGUUCUUCCUUGCCCUUUUGGCGAUUCGACUGGUGCAACACCUAUACAGCGUGUGGAAAUCGCCCAAUCGCUCGGUGCCGGGACCAUGGCUUGCUCGUUAUACCCGCCUGUGGUAUUUUUAUCGCGUCUACUCGGGGAACUUCCAUCACGAAAACAUCCAGCUACAUAACCAUUACCACAGCCGUGUUGUCCGCGUGGCCCCCAACAUGUACUCUAUCUCACAGCCCGACAAAGCUGUCUAUGGAAUCGGUGUCAAUGUGCGAAAAAGCGAUUGGUACGAUGGGUGGAAGCACCCAUCACCAGAUAGAUGGUCGCUGUUUCCAGAAAGAAACAUCAAGCGGCACGCCGAAACGAGACGCAAAUUUCAGAAUAUAUACUCCUUGAGUUCACUCGUGAGCUAUGAGAAAUACGUGGACGACUGUGGGGAUAUCUUCACAGAGCGGCUGGUUGAAAUCGCGGCAUCUGGUCAGGACAUUGACUUGGGAUACUGGCUGCGUUGUUACGCAUUUGACGUGAUCGGCCAAAUUACAUAUUCCAAGAGGUUUGGAUUUCUGGACGCCGGAGAGGACGUUGGGGGUCUGAUCAAAGCCAUCAACAAGGUGGUCCUUUACGGGUCCUUGGUCGGCAUUUACGUUGGACUACACCCUAUUACCUUCAAAAUCAUGGAAUAUCUGCCCGGUAGUGGAGCAUCUGCGAGGAUGUACCUGACCCGAUUCGUGCGAGAGAGGGUCGCGCAAAGGGAGGCAGAAAGAGACCAGUCCCACCCCAACGCCGCAAAGAAACAACCUCCCAGGAGCGGCAGCAGUAUGCCAGAGGACUUUUUGAACAAGAUUUUCGGUCUGUAUGAGGAUGGCACGAAAGGCGUGACUAAGUAUCAUGUCUUCAUGAUGGGACAAAGUAAUAUCGUUGCGGGUAGCGAUACAACUGCCGUGAGCCUGAGCUCUAUCCUCUACCAUCUUCUAAAAAACCCCAAAUCAAUGCAGACCCUACGAGCAGAGAUAGCAGAACUUGGUCAACAUGAUGGAUCCGGCACAGGGCACAUCACAUUCCGGCAGACACAAGAAAUGCGGUAUCUACAAGCUGUGAUCAAAGAGGGUCUAAGAUUGCACCCAGUCACCGGUCUCCCAUUAUGGCGAGAGGUACCGGAAACAGGGGCAUAUAUAUGUGGCAGACAAUUCCGUGCCGGAGAUGUCGUCGGUAUUAACUCAUGGGUUGCUCAUUACGACGAGAGCGUCUGGGGAAGCGAUGUGCAUUUGUUUCGGCCAGAGAGAUGGCUUGAGGCAGAUCAAGCCACGCUAAGGAAAAUGGAAAGCCAUUACAUGCCGGUGAGUGCUCCACGUUGCCUGCGAAACCGAUGCAAUGAAGCAUUAGCUGAUGCAACCAUAUCCUCGGGCGGGAUGUAG